UGGCAGUUACCUGCAAAGCUUUCGCACUGAAAAAUAUGAAUGAAAAUGAUGAGAAAAAUAGUGAGAAUCAAAAUUUGCUGAAUAGAUUGAGAAUCACCAACAGAUCCUACAGUGCUAGGCAACUGAUAAAGAAGAGACUUCCAAUUUUAUCAUGGUUUCCAAUAUACAGUCUACAAACCUUUUCUCAAGACUUGCUGGCGGGAUUCACUGUUGGUCUGACUGAAAUACCACAAGGAAUUGCAUAUGCUAUAGUUGCAGGCCUCCCUUCUCAGUAUGGUUUAUACAGCGGUUUCAUGGGAUGUUUCAUGUAUUACUUACUGGGAAGCUGCAAGGAUAUCAACAUCGGACCAACAGCUAUUAUGGCACUGAUGAUUCAACCAUACGUGGCUACUAUGGGAGUAGCAGCAAGUGUUCUCCUUACUUUCAUUUCUGGAUGCAUUAUUUUCAUUUGCGGACUCUUACAUUUAGGUUUCAUAGUGGAGUUUUUCUCCUAUCCUGUGAUAGCAGGAUUCACAACAGCAGCAGCUUUGAAUAUUGCCUCUUCGCAGAUAAAAUCACUUCUUGGGAUAGCAGGGAAAUCCGAUACGUUUCUGACAGCGUGGAUUUCCGUCUUCUCGUAUAUAAGAAACACAAAACUAUCGGAUUCCCUUCUGGGAUUUUUCACAAUUUUAUUCCUAGUAUUUGCCAAGGAAAUAAGACGAUAUGGUACUCUGAAAAAACGCGCAGACUGGACUAGAAGAAGAAAUAUGAUUGGAAUAUGCAUUUUCAUGUUUUCUUUGGCAAGCAAUGCAAUAGCUGUGGUUUUCGGAAGUGUAUUAGCUUAUGUGUUUCAACAACGUGGUUAUGAACCCUUCGAACUAACAGGUGAGGUACCAGGUGAAUUGCCGUCUUUUAAACCACCUCCCUUCAGUACAAGCUUCAAUGGUACAGAAUUUGGUUUGAAGGAUAUGAUCGAAAAUUUUGGAACAGUCAUAAUCUUUUGUCCUUUAGUAGCGGUUUUGGAACAUAUUGCUAUUGCCAAAGCUUUCACAAAGGGAAGAACAUUGGAUGCCACACAGGAGUUGAUCGCUCUGGGAUUUUCUAACAUCAUGGGAUCUUUCGUCCAAUCGAUGCCUGUUACAGGCUCUUUCACAAGAACUGCUGUAAACAACGCUUCCGGGGCAAAAACUCCCACGUGCGGGAUUAUAACUGGUAUCAUGGUUCUACUAGCGCUGGGUUUUUUGACUUCCACUUUCAAGUACAUCCCAAAAACCACUUUGGCGGCUGUUAUUCUUGUAGCCAUGUAUUAUUUGUGCGAAUUUCAUGCAUUCAUUCUACUUUGGAGGACUAAAAAAAUGGACCUGAUCCCUUUGACCGUCACACUUUUGUGUUGUUUACUGAUCAAUCUAGAAUACGGAAUUCUAAUAGGAAUAGCGACAAAUAUUCUCUUCGUGCUCUAUUCUUCUGCCCGACCUAAAAUCGAAAUAGAGGAGCUGACCGGAGACACUUACCUCGUGAAAAUCAAGUCUGGACUUCAUUUCACCGCUUCUGAAUUUAUGCGGGAACGAAUCCUUCAGAAUUGCACAGUGGAGAAAACCACGGUCGUUGUUGAUGGGGAAUACAUGGGGAAUAUCGAUGCUACGGUAGCGAAGAGUUUCAACGUGUUGAGAGACGAACUCAAAUUGAGGGAACAAAAAAUUGUAUUUUUGAAUUUCAAAGAAUCUGUGAUAGAAGCCUGUUUGGGUAUUAAUUCAAAUUUGAAGGAAUGUUUUCGAGACGACGGGCCGGAACAACUGACUGCUCAACUUUAAGUGCCAAAUAUCCAAAAGAUCACACUUAGGCUCGUCUACUUACUGUUUGGGGUCAGGUAUUGUGAAAUCCCCGAAAACUAUUUUUAAAUAGGUGUAUACUUUUUGAAACUGCCCUUCGAGAAUAUGCCACCAUGUUUCUGUUUUACUCAAACGCCGAACUCUAUUGAGAGUUUUUACCGUUUAUAUUUCACUUUUGUGAUAUAAAUACACGAUUUUUUUAAUUGA